AUGUCCUCUCACACAGAAUCCAAUGCUGCCAUGGAACUUGUGUACAACAAGAUGCAAGACAUUGUCUCCAAGGCGUUGAAGAUGCAAGAUGGCCACCCAGAGCAUGAGAAGCAGGCAUUUUCCUUAGCAAUUGAACUUUCAUCAGCAUUAGGUUCUCAUGGCCAAUUGGCCACAUUGAUCCUGCCGAUGGUAUUGUCCAUUGCCGCAGAGAUCAAGGAUGCCACCCACCAGAGAAAGUUCUUGAGGCCGAUUAACUGGCGAUCGCUACGACACGAUGACCCUCGUAUUGACGACCACCCCCUCAAGGAAAAAGCUCGUGCAUACAUCGCGAACCAUACCAUCGAACCAGCAACCAUGCCAUCUUUGGCAACCGGAUCUUCGGACAUGGCAUACACAUCUGCAGCUGCUGCCAUGGUAGAGGUCAAUCCUAAUCCCACAGCGAAGCCAGACCACGUCGCCCGACGUUUCCAUACUACCCCCCCUCGCCCAUCUCAGAUUCAAUCUCAUACAUCCUCCCGGCCUCGAUCAUUUGGACUGGUAUCCAGCUUGACGGAGACACAGGGGAAGGGGAAGGGGAAGGGAAAGGAAGCUGAACCAUCGACACCCCAUCAGCCGAUUGCCUCACAAAACACUUGCCGAAAAUGCUCUCGAAGUCCAACUGCCCCUCCCAAUCGGGCAGUCAAGAGACGCCGGAAAAUUCAGAAGUCAAGAGUGAUCUUGAGUGACACGGAAGACCAGGAUGCCACGGAUGACCAAGACGAGGAUGAAGAAGACCAAGACCAGCGGAUGGAGGAUGACAAACUGAUGAGGACUGCCGUUAGCAAGGCAAAAGGGAAGCAAAAGGCUAAAGGACAGUCGAUGCUUCCAUCGAUUGUAGUAAAGCAGAAGAAAAAUCUGCCCAGUACAUCCAAGCCAGCACCUGGGACAUCGGCCACUUCAUCACCGAAACGCCCAUGGGAUUGUGAUCUGUGCUUGCGAGCGGGAGUGCCUUGUCUGCCUGGAAUUGGGAAAUGCACUAAGAGGCCCAUUGGUGCAUGUGCCCACUGCCACCAGAGCAAGCUCAGAUGCAGGCCACCGACAGACACCAUUGUCAGCCCUCCUGCCGCAACCACCAGCCAACCAGAGCCAACAAAAAAAAACAUAACUCGGUCAAAAUCUCGGGCUCGGCCAGUCUCCUCCACCAGGACGAGGGUAGGUACACAGACCUCAGUGGUGAGGGAUGAAUCUGUAUUGCUUGAGAUGUCGUCUGCUGGUGGUCAAACAGAUACUCGGGAGUCAUCUCCAAAUAUCACUGAUGCUCAAACACCAAACUCUGCAGAUGACAAAUCAAUGGCUGUUGAUGUCGACCCCAUGCGCAGGCCGGACAGAUCCUCCGUCAACAUUGUUCCUCCGGCUGACAAGGAUCAUAUUAUGCACGACAUGAUGGCCGACAUAGAUGCGACUGGUGUUGGGACUGGCGAGCUGGAUGUCAUGGAAGAAAGUAAUGUGCAGGUCAACAUUGAUUCGACGGCCAAAGUCAAUUCGACGGUGCCACCUCCUGUGCAGCAACAAGAACUUCCACCUGCAAAUUUUGACCUUACCGGAGAACAGAGACUCACUGGUUUGGAGCAGAGGGUGUUACGUCGACCGUUGGUCGGCGUGUGCAAACUAGGAUGGGUCUUCUCAACGACAACUCAAGAUUCCUCCGGCGAUCUCGGUAAGACGGCGCUCGUCGAGAUGCAGGGCUAG